CACUUUUACAGUUUCAAAUAAUUGUUUUGCAGAAUAUAUUUUUGGUAUCUGGAAGCCAUUGUAACUUUGAAAAUUAAUUGUUAAAUCCUACAAAACAGUAACAAUAAUGUUAAAGAACAUACAGUGAUUAAUUCAAACAUGCCUUUUUUUCUACCUAUCAUUUGUAUAUUUCCUGAUGUGUAGUAAUCUUUUCCUUUUAUGUUAGUAGUUAUUACGUUGUGUCCAUGCUCUACUUUGAGUGGGAAUGAACCACGUCUUGUUUAAACAUAUCUUCAAUGUAUAUAGAAGUUGUAGACUGACAGUGAUCCGUCCCCGCCCCUUUCUGUUUGCUGCAGCGAGGUCCUUCUCUGUGCAUUUGCACGCUCCCUUAUUACUCGGUACGCGCCUCGACGCCUGGCUUCAGGUGGCCCAUCACUAGCGGACCGUAUUGGCGUUUGGGUCCCGAGUCCUGACAAGAAAACUCUAUGGGUGCCCGAAAACGAAAACACCCUGAGAGCCCGAAGAAACUCCAGGAAGAACACGUAGCGGCUCUGAUUCUGGCUAGAGGGGGAAGCAAAGGCAUCCCGCUGAAGAACAUCAAGCUGCUGGCCGGGGUUCCUCUGAUCGGGUGGGUGCUGAGAGCCGCAAUCGACUCGGAAGAGUUCAACAGGGCGGUCGGGUCGCCUACUUUGAGAUGGAGCCGCAGCACAGCGUGGACAUCGACAUGGACAUCGACUGGCCUGUGGCAGAGCAGAGAGUACUCAGGUACGGUUACUUUGGCGGGGGAGUAACCGUACUGAUGUUCUGUGAA